AUGGACGAGCUGGGCUCUCAAUUUGGAUCUCUUCUGCAAGAGGAGAAGAUCAAGGUUCUGUCUUUCUACGAAUUGAAGCCUUUGAAAAUUGCUGGAAUAGCUGAAGCGGUGAUUGUGCCCAAAGGAUCCGCAAAAUUAGGCCUAGGUCCACCACUUGAAAAUGUGAUCCCAGUCGAUGCAGAUCAUCGCCAAAUUGCUCAGUUCUCAAGCAGGAACUCUAAGCAAUAUAAUGUUGUUAAAUCGAACCUAGAUCUAGUUUUGUCCUCGCAAAGUGUUCGGAACCAAACCCUCGGUGUCGGAAAGACAGUACUGUCUGAUUAUAUAUCUGACACUUUAAGAUCCGAGAACAGUGGUACUGUACUCACUUUACAUUGCCACUCGUAUCGAUCUCUCAAUGAUCCGCUCCAUGCUCUCCUUAGAGACCUUCUCUUCCAAGCACUACAAAGCCAACAUAUGGCUGUCAGUCUCAAAGCACAAUUACUCAGCCUCAAAGCCCAAAUUAUUGCCAUGUCAGAUGUUCCAUUCGAUACGAUUCUCAAGGUCGUAGAAGAUACCAUUCGAAACACCUUGGCAGAGACUUUCCUUAUUGUGGAUGGUGUUGACGAACUAGAUUCAAGAUCGGUCGAGGUCGAAUCAUUCUUGCGCACAAUCGGACACCUACCACAAUCAAGUGCACAAUCUAUCAGUGAGCUUGAUCAACUCAGAACUUGGAAUGCCGUAGAAGCGUUCCUUGAAAAGGGCAAUCCUGGACUUGACGUCACCUACGCAACGAUAAUUGAGGAACUAGACAAAUCUUCAAAGGGAUUGAGUCCAGUACGAGCCAGAGCAUUGCCGCUGGCCUCCGUGGCUUGUCGCCCCUUCAGACUUGAAGAGAUACUAGAGCUACUAGCUGUUGAUAUUUCGAACGGCUCUGUUGACCCGGGGAACAAACUCUUAGGUGGGUGGGAGAUCCUGUCUCGGGCAUGUGGUCCCUUCCUCCAGCUCAACGAUCUCGGUGCAAUAGAGCUCAUUCACGUCUCGGCAAAGGAAUUUCUAAAGUCUUAUUCGUGGGGUCCACGUCCGAAAGGCGAAUUUGCUGAAACAGAAAUGGCCUGUCUUUGCCUGUCCUAUCUCAACUUCACCGUCUCGGAGAGGACGCUUGGGACAGAUGUUCAGGUGCAUGUCGAUAGUCUCAGCAAGCAGUAUCCAUUGCUAGAGUAUGCUUCUCAAUACUGGUUUGAUCAUUUCAUGAGAUCAGAAGAAAUUGUACUUCAACAAUUGAUUCUUCUUGACAGCUUCCUGACAUCGCGAUCCAGUGUAACUUGGACGUCUUCAUUCUAUCCCCAUUUUGCUUUCAAGCGAGGAGAUUCGCAGGGAACGAUAAACUCCACAGAACAGUCGAUACUUGCGAACUUGCAAAUAAUGCUCAGAGUCUCAGGACGCAUGGUUGAUGCAUCAUUGAGCAAUCGCUGUAUAAAACGACUUAGUCACCUGUUGCUGGAUUCAUGGCAAGACUCGUUGCGCAUGGAAAUGUUUUAUUCUGGCCCAAGAGCAAGAAUUACCAUCGAGAAGAAACUUCGGUUGGCACAGUGCUAUAUGGCUAUGAACGAGAUGAAAGCAGCGGAAGAGAUUGCGUCAGAGGCUUUUCGAACUGCACAAGAAUCACUUGGCCCCCUUCACUCUUUAACCAUUCAACUUAACCGGGAAAGGAUAUAUUCACAGUUCAGGUCUCGGAAGUCACCGGGUAGCGCGGAGGCCUACGAAUUUCUACCUGACUUUCUGAGAUUACUUACAGAACACGUCGAAGUCUUUGGCCCAAAUCAUCGUGAGACAGAUGCCUGCCGCCAUGCCCUGGCAUCUGUCCAUCUCAGCAAGCGAGAGUACGCGAAUGCUCGAAAAAUUCUUGAGCCUCUGCACACUCGCAUGAUUGAAACAUUUGGCUAUUCUUCCAGUGUUGCCCAGAAUGUAACCAACAGCCUAGCUGCAUGUGCAAAUAUGCAAGGCGAAAUUGACUACGCGGAAAGCCUUCUCAACACCAACCCAAGUCUCGUUAAAGCAGUGUCGGAGCCGUUGGAAAUCGACAUAACUCGAGUACCGGUUGAAACCAUUCACGCUGUGUCCAUUUUUGCCUCUGUGUUAGGGGCAAAGGAGGAGAAUCGGAGAUCUGAGAUUCUACAUCAGCGUGCGAUUGACGGUUUGAUGGCACUUAAAGGUCCAAAUACGUUUCGAGUAUAUGAGAGUGCAAUCAACAAAGGUCAGGCUCUACGAGAUCAGUUCAAGUAUGCUGAGGCUAGAAAGCACUAUGUUCAAUGGCUCAAAACAUCAGAUCAAAACUUGGGUCCAGACUCAAGACAGUCUAAGAAGAUUCGAGAAAGAAUGAUUGAUGUGGAUCGGCAAGAGCAGAAAUGGAAGGAGAUGUCUCGGAGCGUGAGAAAUCAGCAAGCAUCGAGGGGUCAGUUGACUGUGAGCGCGAUCGAAAAUAGUAGUCGGCCAGGUCUCCGCAAUUCCUAGGUAUCAAGAGCGUAAAAUAAAUCAAAGGAGAAUCAGAGUCCCUAAAUCUGAGUGUUUAUCG